AUGGAGGCGUGUGGAGGCACCUACGAGCUGAGUAAUUCGACUAUUCUCGCGCUACGGCUCUCCCUCCUAAUUGGCACCAACCGAUCGUUGAGGCUGGGUUCGAAACCCCAAACUCUCCUGCCCAUUACCUGUCUGGUUAGCCGUGCUGAUUCGGUUAUUUCCGAUGUCCAAGCGGCCUCUGUGAGUACGCUGCCGCCAGUGGUUGCUGCAUGGAAUACCUCCGCCACGCUGUCCUUCUACAGUGACAUACAGUGCCCCGCCGAUCCUGAUGUCCGCCUAUUCCCCCGAUCGCGAACCGUAGUUGGCUUUUCCUUCAAGGCCUCACAGUUUGACAGAGCUCGUCCGAUAAAUGGAAGAAUUCAAAUCUUUGUGGGUUGUGAGACACGUCUCUGCGCACCCUUCGAGACGAACAGUGACUGCGUGCAAUUUUGCCGUCGUUUGCGUCCACUAAAGCGCCUCAACAGUGCAGCGUAG